GGCGCUGUGGCCGUGUGUGCCACACGUAGCAUGGCGGAGCGAUUCUAUCCCCUGUGGCCGCCAAAGCCGAACGGCCGUAAAAGGAACCUCGUUUUUGCGACAGCGAGCGGUGGUGGGGCCAGAUCAGGCGAGGCGAGGCAGCGGGAGGGGCAUAAUAAAGCAGUGAAGAGAAACUGAAUGAAGAAGGUGUUACAUGUCUUACUGUUCAGAAAACUGUUUCUGAAGUGUUUGGAGAAACUACAUAUAUAUGCAGUAAAAUCAAAAAAGGCUGAAAGUGCGUGGAGAGCAUGGGUUAUGACAUUGAGCGUUUCGUUGGCUACGUUAAUGAAGGGCUUUUAUGCUCCAUCUGCCGUGAUGUGUUAGAAGAUCCUUUACAGGCUCCCUGUGAACACGCGUUCUGUACUGCUUGUAUACAUGGGUGGCUUGUUCAUCACAGUAACUGCCCUGAAGACAGACAAAUGAUUGAUGUGUCUUUGCUACGACCUCUCUACAGAUAUAUGAGAAAUGAUUUAAACCGUCUCCAGCUGCAUUGCAAAAACAGAGAGUAUGGCUGUGAAAUGAUUUGUUCUCUGGAGUCUAUAGACAGGCACGAAAGGGAAUGUGAAUACAGUCAGAUCCCCUGCUCCAAUGCCGGGUGUGCGGUUCGGGUUGAGCGGCGCCACUUGGACGGUCACUUGGCAGUGUGCGAGUACCGGAGCCGCGAGUGCCCCAACGGCUGUGGUUACACCAUCCUCAGCGCGGCAGACGCGCAGCACAACUGUGUAGCAGAGCUCAGAACUGAGCUGGAGCUGCUUAGGUCAGAAAUGAUCUGCAGAGUGGAGGAGGCAAAACAUGAGAUGGAGUCGAGGUUAGAUUCACAGAGAAGGCAUAUGGUCCAAAAAGAGAGUAUUCUGCAAAAUGAAAUUGAUGAACUAAAGAGUCAGAUGUCCCGCGUGAUGUCGGAUGUGCGCUCCCUGAUGGCUGCGGAGAGGCAGCACCGGCAAGAGCUGGAGCAGGCAGAGCUGGAAAAGCGGGAGCUGCUGGAGCUGCUGCGGGGUUUGCAGAAGGACUGCCGAUUAAUUCCUGCGGAAGGAAGCAGGAAGCCAGCGAACCUCCGCCCUCUGGCGCGACUGGAGAGUGUGAAACGAAAACCUAGGGAAGUUACAGUGAUCUAAACGGAAGUAAGCUCUAAAAGCAUCUUCUAAUAUGGCCAUAUGGCAAACUUUUCUACUUUCUAUGAGCACUUGGUGAACUUUAUUUCAUUUCUGAUUUACUUGCCUUCUUUUAAAGUCUAGAGUUACUUCUUUAUUUCCUCUCGGGGCAUAAAACCCAGGGAAUGCUGGGCAUUAAAACCACUAAUUGGCAAAUACAUUUUUAGGUAGCGUUUUUGUAAAAAAAGGGGAAGGAGACUUGGUGUAUUAUCUUCCCCAGUGCAUUAUUUACAGGAGUCUUUCAAGCCUGAAAGCUAGAGCCUUUUGAAGUCAAAGAUGAUUAAAGGUUAUUCCUUCCUGGUCCAUUGUAAUUGAUUUAAGUCUAGUUCGUGCUUGUAGUGGAAACAGAAGGAAAUUGUGAUCGUCAGUAAUGACAUUUGGGAUGUACUUAAUUUUGGGAAAAGUCAGCAAUAGAAUUAGUAAGUAAUAGAAAUAAAUAGAUUUUGCUUGUUUAUAGUCUGUAGAAGGUCUCUUUCAAAGGUGGAAACAAAGCACUUUAAAUGGUAAUUCUGCUAUGUAACGGCUUCAGGUCAGAACAACUUUUACUUCAGAGCUUCCCCAACUUCCUGAGCUGAUACACACUUAAGAGACUAAUACCAAAGCCCAAGGUAAUGGAAUCAGGUAAAACCCGUGAGAGAUCUGUGCAGAACAAAGACUCUAAACUUCUCCCACAGCCUAUUGGUGAUGCUCUCAGUGGUAUAACUAAGCCAUAUUCUGUCUGCUGCAGCUCUUCAGUGGAGUAACUAGGGAAGGAUCUAAGCUCCUGUUUACUGAACGUGCUAAAUCAAUUGUGAGCUUUCAGGAAAAUGUGUGGAGGUGCAACAAUCUGAAUAAGAUAAUUUUAUAGUUUGGAAAGCAAAUACAUCCCUGUGGAUGCCUUGCCAUCACUUGGAACAACACUUCUGUGGCUGCCAGCACAACCAAAGAGGGAGGUAACGACCUGCCUUAGCUCAGCCGUUGCGUUAGGUACAUGCCCUACCGUUCUAUGUGGACAGAGCUGUCUCCAUAUGAGGCAUUAAUAAACCCUUCUAACCUGCCUUGCCUCUGGUACCACUGAAGCAGAUGUGCACACCUUCUGGUCUUGUGCAUUUAUAAACCUGACAGAAAUUACUCUUCUGUAGAAGCUGGGAGUUUUAUCUGAAAGAAAACAUUCAUUGGGAGAGUUAUAUCCAAAUAUUUACUUGGUUUCAGUCUCUAUAUUGUGGGUUGACCCACAGUCACUGACAGUAUUUAGGUCACUGUAGCAGUCUCACCAACUCACAGUGUAGCACAUCUCAUCACCAGUAAAACAGUAGCUAUCGUUUGGGAAGACCUUCCGUCACACUAGACAUGCACUGGUCAGUUCACAUACAUCAGUGUGUGUCAAAGCUGUUGGUAGAAAGUAAGAAUGCUUUUACUAUCUUGUGUUUGCAGUUGUUGGUUUCUGUGCUCUGCAUCACUGUUUCCACGUUCACACUAACUUUGAAGCUUUUUGGCCACAUCACAUUUCCUGCCAUUAGGAUCAAUUGGUGCUUUUCUGUGUACUGUAACUGUGCGGUUCUGUGAUGUGACUUUAUCUAUUUUGCUCAAUGUGAAAGGAGAAAAUUACUUUGAAGUCCUGUAGAAUUCAAAUAAGCUGGAUCUUUGCCAAGUCAAAGGGCAUUAACGAUCACCCAACCUUUUCUGCUCUGACCACAGAAAAAUGCAAGUUAAUAGCUCUGUGUUUUCUCUGUUAUGGGAUCUCUGCAUUUGUUUGUUUUAGGAAUUCCACCGGCUUACUUAUUUUCCUUCUAGUGCAGAAAACUGGGGUUAUUUCAUAUUCCCUUAGCAUUUGGUCUGCCACUGCCCCCUAAGUGACAGCCCCAUGAAGCUGCAUGGGAAGAUGAGUCCUAGGAGGCAAGGAAGGACUUUCUGCUGCAAAAUCCAUGUAAGUUAUCAGCUCUGGAGAGUGCAACUGCCAGUGCUGAGAGGUGGCACCACUCUACACCCACCUGCUGCUGUGUAGGAUCUGCCAGCUUGGGUUGCCUGUGGCAGCAAAGCAGCGCUCACAGAGGCAUUUGGGGAGGGCCCACGGUAGCUCACAGCAUCCAACCCUUCUAGUUGCUCCGAGUCCCAUUCCUGUGUUUGCAACUCUUCAGCACUUCAGAUUUUCCUCUGCAAACUAACCAGUCCCAGGGUGGCACAUGCUUGAAGCACAGUCAUUGUUUUACCCGUCUUAUAAUUAACUAGGCUGCAGUGAAGUAGCCCAUUACGUUAAUGUUUUAUCUACCUUCAGCUUUUCCAGUCUCACAUAUCACACAACUUUUAGUGGCAGCUAGCAGAAGCAGAGGGGUUUUUUUAUCCUUCAAAUUAGUCUGCUAAUCCUUUUUAUAAAAACUAAGGGUCCAAAUAUCAUCAUAGACUUGGUGUAAAUGAACACAUUCACUUGGAAGUGCCACUUCUCUAGUCAUGAUCAUAUCUUAGGAUUAUAUGGUAGACGCUGCUUAAAAGUGCAUUCUGGGAGGAUCCCAGCACUCAACUGGUGUUAGUGUUCUACUAAAUGACACUUGAAUCCAUUCCAUUUCCUCACAAGAGGAACUGUCACUGUGCAGUCACACAGCCAGCUGUUGUAUUUCCAGUUGCUGCUAACAGUGCUCUGCAGGUGGAAGAGGGAGAGGAGAGGCUGCGGAGCCAGGACAGUGAAGCAAAAGAGGAAGCGUGGUCUGAGGGUCUUCCUUCCACUGAGAGUGAUGACACAGCUGCCUCGGCCUGUGCCACAGCUCAGCCCCACAGCCACAGCAGGGCCAGGCACAGAGCAGGAGAGCUGAAAGGAGAUUCAAUCCUUACCCAUAAGUAAGGGAGUAUGAAAUGCAAUAGUACCAAAGCAGGGGCACUCACAAACACAACUCAGAGUCAGCUUAGGUACAUGAGACCACAAGGUGUGACAAGGAGCUGCACCAAUCCUUGCCCUACUUUAAAUGAGGUGAAAAAGAAUAACACUAAAGAUGUACUUAAAGAAAUUAAUAUAUUAAGGCAAGAGAUGAAUUUGUCUUUGAAGGAAAAUCAGCAUUUACAUACGUACUCUGAAGGCCCAAGAGGCCGUUACACAUGCCCUUAAACUGACUUGUGAGGCCAAAUUGGAGGGAAAAUACUGUUUCCCGUCUCCUUCGUCGGUAAAGCUGCCAUCCCUCUUCUGCCCUCCUCCCGAAGCAGAGCACUGCUGGGGGUCAGGGCAAGCGUGGACUGUUGUCGCUGGGCUGAUGUGAUGUCAAACAGGAACAGUGAUUUAGGGGAGAGCUGUGGGAGGUUUAGACAAGGCACUGAACCCAGAACAACGUGGCUCAGGCUGCGCUUCCUAAUUCAGGUGGUGAGUUUUAGUUAGAUGAUGCAAACCCUAGAUGAAGGGUCUUAGAUCAGAUAAAGUGAUUAAGUAGCACACAUACACAAGCGUUUCUUGUCAGCACAGACAGGAAUGGAAUUACAUUCACAUAAUACAGUGAAGUGUUUGGACUGGCCAAAAGUGUUUUUUAUCAAACAGUCUUGAGUAUUUUUAAGAAGUUUAAUGUAUUAAUAGAUCCCAAGUGGUAAACAGUUCUCAAGAUUUAUAGAACUGGAUGGCCUUGCAACUUAAAUUUUCAGUGUGCUGUCCUCCGGGCUGUUUGUGGCACAGUGCUUUUCUACAACCAUUUUCCUUGGCAGUACAGGGUAGUAUUUAGGAGCAGUACUAGCCUUGCCCUCUGUACUGCUUGUCAGAUAAAGCUGGGUAGGUCAGGGAGAUUUCACCACAGAGACAGAUGCCUUUAUUAAGACCUACAAUUCUAUGCAACUUUCUAUUAACAAAUAUUGAACUGUCUUCCAGCACAUGGUUCACUGCCAAUCUAUGUAUAUUUUCUACCUUUAUAUACAUGAGAAGGAUAAACCAGUGCUUAACAGAGCUUAAUCGCUAGUCUGUAAAGGAAACAAUAACACAGUUUGUAUCACUUUGAAGUACACUUUGUAUAAAAGAUGAACUAAUAAAGGGUCUAUACCAUAAUGAACAA